AUGUUUUUUAAUAGCAUAUUGUUAUUAUUUUUUUUGUUCUUACUAACUAUUAAUGGUGAUAAAUAUGUUUAUGAUUUUCUUAAAUUAAAUACAAUAAAUGUUUAUCAAGUUUCAAAUGAAACAAUUGUAUUAACAACAAAAGGAUAUAAUUAUAAUACAUAUGAUAAACCAAAACCAAAUAUAAAUGGCCAAGCAAUUUUUGAAAUGUUUAGUAAUGUUCCAAAAACAUUUGAAUAUAUAUUUGAUCAAUUUUUAAUAGGAACUAAUGAAUAUUUAAGAUUUAUUGAUCCUCAAAAUGGUGAUUAUUAUAAAUAUGGAAGUGAUAUCAUUCAUAGAGGUAGUCAUGCUUAUUAUCAAAUAACAGGAAUAAAUUCAACAAUAGUUUUUGGAUGUGACGAUACAUUAAAAAAUGAUACAUUUAAUCAUACAGGAAUAAAAGUUUUUAUACGAGAAAGAAAUCCAAAUAAAUAUUGGUGUUCAGGAAUAAAUAACAAUCAUAACAUUUUUAUUGAUAUAGAACCAUAUUUUCUAUUAUCUUACAAUUAUCCAUACACAACACCGACAAAUAAAUCUUGUACAUUUAAUGUAAAUAGUAACAGUGAAUAUCUAAGAGUUUUUAUUUAUGAUUUCCGGUUAAAUUCAAAUGUUAAUGAGUUUGUACAAAUUUCUGGACAAUUGGUUAAUUCAAUAAAUGAUGAUGAUGUUGACCCAAACUUUUUAACAGGAUACUUAACUUCUGAUUUACCUGUUACAUUUUAUUAUAAAGGAAAUAUUACAAUAAAUGUUAGUGAACUAAUUGGGCAAAGUUUAUCAAAAUUUUUUAUAAAAAUUUCUCCAUAUAAUUCAACAAAAUUUGAUAAUCCAUAUAAUGAUUAUUGUUUAGGUAUAAAUGAUAUAUCUCGUUUAAGUCAAAGUGAUUCAAUAACAUUUGGUAUUAAAUCAUAUACAAAUAGUGAUUUUUAUAAAAUAAAUUCAAAAUGUACAUGGAAUUUUAAUGAUUUAACAAAUAAAAAUUUAAGAUUUUUAUUUAACUUAGCUUUUGAAUCAGAAUAUGGUUGUGAUUAUCUUGAAAUGAAUGGUUUUGGUGCAAAUUUACAAGAUAUUUGGAAAUAUCAAGGAUUUCAAUCACAAAAAUUUAUUUAUGCUACAAAUACAUCAAAUGUUGCUUUAAAAUGGAUAUCUGAUGGUGUACAAAAUGCCAUUGGUUUUAUGGGAACCGCAAGAUUACAAGAUUGUUCAUGUCCAGAAAUACCUUCAACAAUAAGUUAUAAUGAUUCUCCAAUAUAUAUUUAUAAUCCUGGUUAUAAAGAUACAGGAAUACCUUAUUGUCCAAAUGUUAUGUGUAAUUGGAAUAUUAAUUAUAAUAUUACAAAUGAAUAUUUAAUUAUUGAAAAUAUUUUACCUGACUUAAGAAAUCCUUCAUAUUUUGGUAAAAUCUCAAAUACUAUAUUUAUAAUGAACAAAUUUAAUCGCACAUUACUUACAUUAACUGCUAGUAAUAUUUUAUUUAAAGAGAAAAUUUUAUAUUCAUCAAGUGGUAAUACAAAUAUACAAUGGGUAUCUGAUACAAGUAAUGUUUUUGAUAUUAAUAACAUUAAAAGAGGAUUUAAUUUUAAAAUAACAACAAAAUUAUUUUCUAAUUUUGAAGAAGAAAGAUUAGUUAAUUUAACAGAUUCUUACAACAAUGUUUUUAUAUCUGGUACUGUUAAGAGUACAAUAAUUAAAAUUAUUGGAAAUAAAGGAUUUAUUAAAAUAAUACCACAAAAAUAUUUUAUGACAUCCAAUGUUAUUUUAGAUAUAUUUAAAAAUGACAUAUCAAUGAGUAAUAUUGUAGAUGAUUCAUAUUUUUUUACUUCAGAUGCUUACUUAUUAGAACCUAGUGGUCUUCUUAUUAAUAGUAAUGUAGUUUAUAUAAGAAUUUACAAAGCAACUGAUGAUGAUAACGACAAAGUCAAUUAUGACUUUUUUGUGUCUGACCUAAAUUUUAAUAGUGAAGACACUAAUAAUUUAGUAUACCAACAUAUACCUCCAAAUCAACUUACUGUUAUAAAUGUUGAUAAAUUAAUGUAUAUAAAUGUUUUUAAUGAUAACGAAAAUAUUACUAAUGGAAUGAUUAUAUCACCAAAUGGUACUGAAUUAAGUAUUUUUAAUGAAGAAAAUAUAUUAAUAUCAUUGGAUGGUAUAUAUCCACUGUAUAUUUAUGGUAAUUCAUUAUCUUUAUCCGUAAAAAAUAAUUCUCAAUCAAUUAUUUUUUCACCUUUAUUAAUACCACCAGUUUUAACUUACAAAUUUUUUAAUAGUCCUGAUAUUAAGAAUAUCAUAUAUUCAAAAGAUUAUAUGACUUCAUAUCCUGAAAAAAUGACAAAAAUGAAUUUUGUUUUUUUAAAUGGGCCAAGAUCAUUUAAUCUAAUAUUUAUGGAAUUUAGAGGACCAGGUGAAAUAGAAAUAUUAAUAUAUAACGAAGGAAAGUUAUAUAAUAAAGAAAUAAUAAGUAAAAUAAAUAAAGAACAUUACAUUUUUUGUGGUGAAGAAAUAGAAUUAAACUACGACUCAAAAAUUUCAAACUUUUCAAUCUUACCCAAUACAAUUAGUGGAUUUAAAGGAUUAUAUCAAGUGAGUUCUUCAUGUAAACCAGAAAAAAAUUCUUCACUUUCAAUUCACGUACCACAGAAUGUAUCUCAAGAACGGUUGAAGUUUUUAAAAAGUUUCCAACGUAGACUACACCUAGAAUUCUUAGAGAAGUACAGCGCAUCUGGUUUCAUAGCUUUAGGUGCUCAUAUACCUGAGUUAUGA